CUGGUUCCCCAAUCAAAAGGAAGAAAAUUGGCUUCAACACUUCCCUGCUCCCGCCGCCAGCGAAAGAGAAGCGAGAAGGAGAUCCUCCUCCCGUCGUCGCCGCCGCCCCUCCGCCGUACAACAACCCUAUCGUUUCCUUCAGGAGCAGCAGUGUGCUCUGUAUCCCAGGGUUUCUCUCUCGGAUGCGGAGGAGUCGAAGUUGCCUCCUCUUCCCGCCGCCGGUCUCUCUUCCUUCUCCGUCAGGUACUAACUUCACUUCCUCCUGUGCUCAAUUCAUGUGAAGGUGGGUUUAGGGAUAUGAUUAAUAACUUCACUUCCUGGAUAGAGAAAGGGGGACUGCGAAAGCUUUCAUGUUAAACAACGUUAGAAUUGGGUAGUAAUAUUGUUUUGCUUGAUGAAACCUUUCCUUGCUUAUUGGAUACAAAUGAUGUUAAACAAUUCUAAAACUGUCACUGGUGCCAUAAAGUAAUCAAGCAAAAUUUGUAUCUUUGUAUAUAUUUUACUUGAUUUGGUUUCUCUAGCAAUCAAUUGAACUGUAAGAUGCAUGCUUGUGGUAGUGGUGAACUUGUGGUUUGUGAAAUUUGUAAUCCAGGCAUUUUUCCAGUAAAAGAAGCAAGCGAAUGAAGAAGCUGUUAGCUCUAGGGUUUGAGGGUUCCGCUAACAAGAUUGGAGUCGGGGUCGUCGCUCUAGAUGGCACGAUCCUCUCAAACCCUCGCCACACCUACAUCACUCCUCCUGGACAUGGCUUCCUCCCUCGAGAAACCGCGCACCACCACCUCCAGCAUGUGAUUCCCCUUGUCCAAUCCGCCUUGGAGGCCGCCCAAGUGACGCCUGACGAGAUCGACUGUCUCUGCUAUACCAAGGGUCCUGGAAUGGGCGCCCCUCUGCAGGUCCCGGCUGUGGUUGUUCGGGUUCUAUCCCUGCUCUGGAAGAAACCAAUUGUCGCGGUUAACCACUGUGUUGCCCACAUCGAGAUGGGUCGAGUUGUGACCGGGGCGCACGACCCAGUUGUGCUCUAUGUUAGUGGUGGGAACACACAGGUGAUUGCAUACAGCGAAGGAAAGUAUCGGAUUUUUGGGGAGACGAUUGAUAUUGCUGUGGGGAACUGUUUGGAUCGAUUUGCUAGGGUUUUGCACCUCUCCAAUGAUCCUGCCCCUGGAUAUAACAUUGAGCAGCUCGCCAAGAAAGGAGAGAAAUUUAUAGACCUUCCCUAUGCUGUCAAAGGAAUGGAUGUUUCUUUUAGUGGGAUAUUAAGCUACAUUGAAUCUACCACCGAGGAGAAGCUUAAAAACAACGAAUGCACUCCAGCGGAUUUGUGCUACUCUUUGCAGGAGACGGUGUUUGCCAUGCUAGUGGAGAUCACGGAACGUGCAAUGGCUCAUUGCGACAAGAAAGACGUUCUUAUUGUUGGUGGUGUGGGUUGUAACGAGCGGUUGCAAGAGAUGAUGAGAACGAUGUGCAGUGAACGGGGAGGGACGCUGUAUGCAACUGAUGAUAGGUAUUGCAUUGAUAACGGUGCUAUGAUUGCUUAUACUGGUCUACUUGCCUUUGCGCAUGGGGGGACGACUCCAAUAGAGGAAUCGACAUUCACCCAGAGGUUCCGGACUGAUGAUGUUGAUGCAAUCUGGCGAGAGAAGGAGGCUAUAGAUGAGAAUGCCAGUGGAAGAUAGAACAUAUAUAUCCAUUUCUAGGCCUAGUCAGAAUCAGCGUUAGUGGUUGACAGUGGUUGUUGAUUUCAAAGUGUAGUAAGAUUUAUGAGGCUAUAUGUUGUAUGCCUGAACCUUUUUUUUUCCCUGGUCCUUGGAAGGACUUGUCAAUUGUCAUGGAUGUUGUUGUUAGGAGAAUCAUGUACAUCCAUUUCGUAAGAAGUUACACGAAUUGUGCUUCUCUUGCUUGUAGUUGUAAUCUGGUUGCCAAAGAUGGAUGUAAUGGGAAUUGGGAAGAAAGAUUACUGUGUGGA